CGAGAACGGUUUAGUUCGGGACACCUAGGGUACCGGGCCAGCCCCGCAGACUUCCAGCAGUUACAGGCCCUGGUCACGAACGGGCUGGCACCCCCCCAGCCUGCGCCAUACAAUGGAGGUUGAGUUGAUAGAAGAAACAGGGGGGUGCCAGCCUGUUCGUACGAGUUACACGCUAGUACGCGAGGACAGUUCUAAUCAGGGGGCCUUUAUCGUAUUCGAACUCUCACACGUAGAUCUUAAUAUCCUUCUCAACGGUUCUUCAAAGCGCUAGACGAGAGCACAAAACUUGAGUCAUGAGUAGGGAUUAUAUAUAUAUUCCGACCACCCGAAAUGCAUCCUUCCCGCCGAAAGAGUUUCCGGAUCGUCUAUCAGUGUUUUUUGUUGUUGUUAUACUAAUUGGGUGAUUUGUCCUUCGCAUUAUGGCGACCAACCUGUUCGAGUUGGCAUAUGUCGUCGCCUACAUCACCUUCGCAAUCGGCACACUAUCGUCCAUCGCUCGUUUUUAUUCUCGCGCGCUGGUCGUGAAGUCAUGGGGUUGGGAUGACACGGCGUCAUGUGUUGUCUUGGUUGUCAGCAUCGUCCAUCAAGUCGUUUUGCAGCUAUUUCUUAAUCUAGGUUGUGGCAAGCCAGGAAAUGUGGAUUGUAGUUUCCAGUCCCUUGAUCUUCUUCGGACAGCGUUUAUCGAGGAAAUUGUCAUCUAUGGAGCGCACUGUGUCAUCAAGGCAACUUUCCUUCUAUUCUACCUGCGUCUUUCUCCCGACCAUUCGUUCCGGAUCUUUGUAUACAUUGGAUUUGCACUUGACUCCGCUGUCUUUCUCACGAGUUUGCUCAUGACAGUCCUACAAUGCAUACCGUUCGAGAAGAUCCUCAACCCCUUAUUGCAUCCUGAAGUUACAUGCAUCGACACGCGCACCAUCAUGAUCACUCCGCCUGUUCUUAAUAUCGCGAUGGAUUUUUACAUCCUAUGCCUUCCGAUCACCACAAUCUGGGCUCUCCAAAUGACCCUUCGGCGAAAAGUCACCAUCAUCUCCGUCCUUGGCUUCGGUCUCGUCUCCGUCACUGUGGCGAUUCUCCGCCUUCCCGUAUUGAUCUCAGUCACUUCGAUGAAGACUGACGCUUCAGUAGAUGUGGGGAAGAUGAUCAUCGUCGCGGCAUUCGAAGUGCAAUGCGCCAUUGUUGCUGUCAAUCUCCCCGCUCUGAAGGCGCUAUGGACCAAAGUCCGAGGGAAUAAUAACAGUUCCGAAGACAGCAAUGACCCUUCCUACCAGAGACCACACAAACUCUCGUCUAUGGAUCGUGGAAACCCAGGCGACUCGAAGAAGAACACAUCCAAUGGCUACAUUACAAGGUUGGAGCGAGGACUGGAGAGCAACGAGUCGGAAGAGGAGCUCUUCGAACAGACAAAAGGGCAAGGACGUUUGGGUGUGGUUAGAAACCCGAGGUCACACUCCUUUGACGAGGAUAAAUCAAGGGACGGGAAUUUUGGACACCAGGCGAUUACCGUUACGACCAACGUGGAUGUGCAGCGCGCACUCGCGAGCACGCAGAGCAGAUUACCACCCAAGCACGGACUUGGCUACUUGGACAGAUAAGAACGUCCAAGGUGAUUAUUGUACAGUAUUAGCGUCUCCAGAAUGAGAAUAGAAUGAGAAUAGAGUAUCCCAGCUGAUUGGAUCAGUUUCAGUGCUGGCACUGUACUUCCUGAUUAUGGCCAGACAUCGAUUGUGCUGCCAAA